UACUUCGGUAAAAGCGAAACUAAAGUCUUGCGGACGGCGCUCUGCGUGUAGCCUCGCAGUCUUUUACUUAAAAAGUACCUAAAACACGUCGUUUAAGCCUGUAGUCAUUAAGGUACCGCACGCAGAGUCGACUCUGUCUCUUCGUCUGUCUCUGAGCUGCUCGUGCAGGAUCCUGUGGCGGUUGUGAGGUUGUUUGUUUACGUUUGCUCUGCCUGGCAACGCGAUACAACGAUGGCGGGAUCCCAGAUACGGGAGAUUUUUGAUGAUGUGAAGCUCAUCAUUGAUCCAGAAACAUUUGCCGAGCCACACAAAAUGCUUCAAGAGCUUAAGAAGAUGGGCGGAAAUGUCAGAGAGUCAUGUUUCAUCAUAGGACCUUUUCAUACAAUUGAGGAAACUUUCAUGAAUUUGUCAAAGUUGGAGAAGAAAAAACCUCAAAGUGUAGGACACAAACGGAGAAACCAUGUGAAUCACAUCUCACCAGAAAUGAAAUCUAGCCCCAGUCCACCUGCAGAACCAGUUGUGGUUGAUGAUGCUGUCAUGCUUUACAUCCAGAAAAAACAUUCUAUGGAACUUGACAAAAUGAAACAGAUGGGAGUUGACAUGCAAUUGCAAGGAAGGCAUCUGAUGUUUCACGCAAGGGAUAAAACACUGAGGACAGACCAAGUUCAGUUUGUCAGAGAGCGCUUUAUAACAUUAUAUCAGAAGAUUUCCACUGAUCUGCAAACCCGGACUUAUCAAUUGAAUGCAAGUGAAGUGCAGCUUUGGUGCAAACGUUUUCCAGAGCUGCUAGUGAGACCCCAAAAACACGGAGUUGACCUGACCGGGAGCUACCUGACCCUCGAAAGGUUUGAACGGUUUUUACACAGCCCUCCUAAAAGAUCUUCUCCAAUGCAAAUCAAUCACAUGGACCACGCCUGUGCUACAGCAUCCAGCCCACCAGCGUUACAAAACCGACCAAAUGACAAAGAUGAAAUUUGCUGUAUUUGUUUGGAACCACUGGUUAAGUCCAAAAGUCAGACUCUGGAGAAAUGUAAGCACUCAUUCUGUAGAGACUGUUUGAAGAGAGCUUUUGAAAUUAAACCAGUUUGUCCCACGUGUGGAGUAUUAUAUGGAGCAUUGAAAGGGACCCAACCUGAAGGAGGCAAAAUGCAGAUCAUACAAGACUCCUCUUCUUUGCCAGGUUAUGAAGGCUACAGAACAAAGGUCAUUCAUUAUUACAUUCCGAGUGGGAUACAGAAGGAGGAGCAUCCAAAUCCAGGCCAGCCAUAUGAUGGUGCAUCACGUACAGCCUACCUGCCAGACUCCUCAGAAGGCAGGAAAGUUCUAAAACUCCUUAAACAAGCCUUUGAGCAAAGGCUAAUCUUCACCAUAGGGAGCUCAUCCACCACUGGCAGGAGCAACGUGGUAACCUGGAAUGACAUUCAUCACAAAACAUCCCGUUUUGGUGGGCCAACUGCCUACGGUUACCCAGAUCCUGACUACCUGAAACGUGUACAAGAGGAGCUGAAAGCAAAAGGAAUUUGCUGAUAAUUCACAGGCUGUGUACCGAACUUUUCCAGACAAAGAAGUACAAGAAUAAUUCAUACAAGAAUAAUACAACAGAGGCAAACACUAUAUUCAGUAGACACAUAUGCAGUCAUUCUCAAGUUGUUCUUUUAGAGACUGUAUCAAACAAUUUGCUGCCAGUUGUGCUGUGAAGAAUUACAGUGCUGAUGCUUACUAGCUUAAACGAAAUGUUGAUUUCCACGAACAACAGUAUCGUAUAAAAAGUAUUCACGAUUAUUGUAACUAGUCAUAGUCAUACUUGCUGCUGACUGUACUCUUCAUAAUGGAAUGUGCACGGUGCUGUUGUACCAACCCUAGUUUGUCAAAUUGCAGUUGCUGACCUUUGUCAGAAUUAGGGAGCGGUGGACGGGUUAGAUCACAUAAUGUGAGGAUGGAGACAUUCUGUCAGAUCAGAUGCAUUAGCAACAGUAAUUUAGUGACUGUUGUGACACAUCAAGCUAGGUUAUAGCAAUGGGCAUUCUAACUGAAUGAACAUAUUGUCACUGACCUGAUUGUGAAAUGUUUUAAAUAUGGAAAGCAAAUGAUUUAAAAUUGAAAUACAGAAUGUUUGCAUGUG